AUGUCAUCACCUGACUCAACACGGGUUUUGCGGUUCGAAAGAUCCGACGAGACUGAGGCUUUUGUUUUGAUUCAAGUCUCGCAUAACGGUCCUGCGCCACUUGAUCUGACUCUCACGGCUACUGAGGGGGAGUCUCCCUAUGUAAAUCUGGUGAAACAGACACGCCUGAAAGAUCUUCGAGCACAGAAUUAUCAAGGAUCAGAUGAUGAAUGGGUCAAAAUUGUGGCCCUUGUUCUGGGUCAAUCUUCUGCUCCCUCUGAUGACGCGGAUUGGGCCACAGGCCUAGAAGUAUCGGCCAUUAUAUCGGGCUCCGGCCAAGACGACAAAGAGCUCGUCAUCACCAUACGCAAGCGAGUGCAGACCAUAACACAAAAACUUGGGACUAUAACCCUCAAACAAGAAGAUGAACAAGCCAUCGAGCUCUUCGAGUGGACUGGAAUUACCACGGCUAGAGCAGAUAAGCUUGAAGGACAAGUCUCCGACUUGACUCGUCGUUAUAGUCUUACUGAAAAAACCAUCAAUAGGCUCAAUCGACAACUUGAAGAGCUUAUGCAUGCUAAAGUCCAGCACGAAAAUCAACUGGUGUCAAAUUUCGUGCAAAUUUUAAAUGAGAAAAAGCUGAAGAUCCGUAACCAACAGCGCCUUUUGGCAGCGGCCACUGUGGAUCCCGCUAAAGUCUCAGAAAUACAAGCUCGCAUUCCCGCCGAGUCCUCAGAAGCAACGGGUACAUCCCAGCCCGCAAAGAGAAGUGCUGGCAAUUUAAGUGAUACAGAAAGCUCCUCCGAUGAUUUCGAACGAAUGGAUGUUGAUCCAACGAAGAACGAUCAAGGGCCUGCCAAUGAGCAAGAAACGGACGACGAGCACUCGACUCCAGAGCCGGUGGACGAACAGAACAAUAGCUCUACGGAUGAUGAUUCGUCUGAAGAUGAGCCUGUCCAGCUGAAGCGUGUGACUCCAGCAAAUGCAACCGCUCCGCCCCAGAGAGAGUUGCCAUUUACCAAAAGGACUGGGCAUAUCACCAAGAGCGCCACUCCGAUUAGGGCAGCGGAAGACCCAGAGGAAACUGGCGGUGAAACGGAUGACGAUGAGCUCUAG